AUGAAUCCCAAUUUCGAUGAUUUGUCAGCAUGGAAUUUGAAAGGUAUAGAUGAUUCCCUGCCUGACACGAAUUCCACCUGUUCAGGUGGAGGUCAAGGCUUUCCACAAGGUGUACCAGGAUAUCCAGGAGGUGGGUCAGGUGGUUUUCCGGGCCAAUACCCACAAUUUCCAGUACCAGGAGGUUAUCCAAGUUCGUAUCCAUGUGGCUUUCCUCCUCCACAAUUUCCACCUCAUGGAUAUUCUAAACCAGACUCAUGUUUCCCAACGAAUUUUACAGAUCCGACUACAGGACAAUCUCAGUAUGUUCCAGGAGCUCCUAGUUUUGGAGGGAACUAUGCCACUGGACCAUCACAACCACCUCCUGGAGGAUGUGGUUUUAAUGAUAAUAAAUGUGGAAAAGAUGCAAACAAAUUUCCAUACUCAGAAAGCAAUAGCUCGUGUGAAUCUAAUCCAUAUAAGGACAUUUUUGAACCAACAGUUAAAGAUGCUGUCAACUUUAAUGCAGAAGAAGAUUGUGAACGCUUAAGGAAAGCAAUGGCUGGAUUAGGUACAAAUGAAAAGGAAUUAAUUUCAGUUAUGGCCCAUAGAAGUUCAAAUCAACGUUUACUAAUCACUAAAAAAUAUAAAGUAUUAUUUGGAAAAGAUUUAAUAUCAAAAUUUAAAUCUGAAUUAAGUGGACACUUUUAUGAUUGUAUGGCAGCAUUGUGUUUAUCACCAGCUGAAUUUGAUGCAAGUGAAUUGUUUAAAGCAAUGAAAGGCGCUGGUACAGAUGAAGAUGUUCUCAUUGAAAUAUUAUGCUCUCGAACUAAUGAACAAAUUAAUGAAAUCAAAGAAGCCUAUAGGAAAAUGCAUUCGGGUCAUGACCUUGAGAAGGAUAUUAAAAAUGACACAUCUGGCUAUUUCAAACGUGUCUGUGUAGCACUGGUACAAGGUUGUAGAGAUGAAGAUCCACAUGUUGAUGAAGCUCGCGCACGCAGAGAUGCAGAAGAAUUGUAUAAAGCUGGUGAACAAAGACUUGGAACGGAUGAGUCUAAAUUCAUUCAGGUGAUCUGUUCUCGAUCAUAUGCACAUCUACGAUCAGUAUUUAAACAUUACACCGGCCUUGGUAGAAGAACUAUGGAAAAAGCAUUGAAAUCAGAAAUGAGUGGAGAUUUACUUCGAGCUUUACUCAGUGCUGUGAGAUGUAUUGAAAACAAACCAAAAUAUUUUGCUGAAAAAUUGAAAAGUUCUAUGAAAGGAGCUGGAACUGAUGAUUCAACAUUAAUUCGUAUUGUUGUUUCACGUAGUGCUAUUGAUAUGGGUCGAAUAAAGACAGAAUUUCAUGCGAUAACGGGAAAAACUCUGGAAUCAUGGAUAGCUAGUGAUACAAGCGGAGAUUAUCGAUCUGUAUUAUUAGCACUUGUUGGUGCAUAA